AUGACCCGACAUGGAAAAAAUUGUACAGCUUCUGCUGUUUAUUCUUAUCACGAAAGGCAUAGAGAUGCCAAAGUCAGUGGGUACGGAACUCUACAUGCACGAUUAGGAGCUGACUCAAUUAAGGAGUUUGACUGCUGCUCGUUAACCCUACAACCGUGCAAGGAUCCCGUGAUAACUCCGAAUGGAUAUUUAUUUGAUCGAGAAGCAAUUCUAGAAUAUAUCCUCGCUCAAACAAAAGCUAUAGCUAAAAAAACUAAAGAAUGGGAGAAGCAAUGUGAUCAAAUGAAAACUGUGGAGGAGCAGGCAACCGAAGCCGCUCAUGAGGAAAAAGUUAAGAAAUUCGCUAUAUCUGAAGGAACCAGCAUAACUGGGGUGUCGGCACUCAAACGCCCGAGUACAACUCUAGUUAAUGAACCUGAAGCCAAGGUGAAAGCCCACGGUAAAGAGGGAGAAAUAUCAAAUAUGAAAGGUGACAUGAGCAGCAAACUUCCGAGCUUCUGGAUACCAGAAUUGAACCCUACUGCGAACGCGACGAAAUUAGAGAAACCUAGUCAGAAGGUGCUCUGUCCAAUUUCGGAGAAACCAAUCAGAAUGAAAGAUUUAAUGGAAGUUAAAUUCACUAAAGUUCCUGAAGAUAAAGAUGGAUCUGGCCCCAAAAAGGAUCGCUAUAUGUGUCCUGUAACAUACGACGUGUUCACUAACACUUCACGUUGCGCUUAUUUGAAACCAUCCAAAGCAGUUGUUGCAUACAGUGUUGUUGAGAAGCUCAUCAAGAAAGAUUGGAUUGAUCCCGUAUCAGGCAAGAAGAUAACCCAGAAAGAUAUCAUUGAACUCCAACGAGGAGGUACUGGUUUUUCUGCAACUAAUGAAGUGAAGGCUAAACUCCUAAGACCCCAGCUGGAGUUACAGUGA